AUGGCUGAGAACAAAAGAAAAGCGGCUCUCGAAGCCAAGAUAACUAACAUGGCUGACGAAGCCACAUAUGGUGAAAUCUAUAAUACAGGACCUGGGGAGUACUUUAAACCAAAAACCCCUGACGAACAGGUGGGAUUCGAAAAAGAUCCAGUGACGUCGAGUGCAAAGAUGUUAGUGCAAGAUCCUCUUGAAGAAAUUGAUCUUGGAAAUGAGAGUACAAAAAGAAUCACCUACAUCAGCACUAAACUGGACCCCAAGUUGAAAGUACGAGUAAUUGAAUUGCUAAGAGAAAACAAAGAUUGCUUUUCUUGGGACUACGACGAGAUGCCUGGUUUGAAGAGGGACCUGGUCGAAUUGAAGUUGCCUAUCAAGGAUGGCAAGAAGCCCAUCAAGCAGAGUCCAAGGAGAUUUGCCCCAGAGAUUCUUUCAAAGAUCAAAAAAGAGGUCGAAAGACUUCUUCGAUGUAAUUUCAUUAGGAUUACAAGGUAUAUCGAAUGGAUUGCAAACAUAGUUCCUGUUAUCAAGAAAAAUGGCUCUUUAAGAGUAUGUAUAGAUUUUCGUGAUCUAAAUGCAGUAACUCCUAAAGAUGAGUAUCCAAUGCCUGUGGCAGAGAUGCUGGUUGACUCAACUGCAGGCUAUGAAUAUCUUAGCAUGCUUGAUGGAUAUUCUGGCUAUAACCAGAUUUUCAUUGCAGAAGUGGAUGUUUUCAAAACAACCUUCCGAUGUCCAGGGGCAAUAGACACUUAUGAGUGGAUAGUUAUGCCCUUUGGGUUAAAAAAUGUUGGGGCAACAUACCAGCGAGCAAUGAAUUCUAUAUUCCAUGAUUGUAUAGAGACAUUUAUGCAAGUGUACAUAGAUGAUAUUGUGAUAAAAUCUAUAUCAGACGAAGAUCAUCUAACCCAUCUCAGCCAAUCAUUCGAAAGAAUGAGAAAACAUGGCUUAAAGAUGAAUCCUCUUAAAUGUGCAUUCUUUGUGCAGGCUGGAGAUUUUCUGGGCUUUGUGGUCCAUAAAAAGGGGAUAGAAAUCAAUCAGAAUAAGACGAAGGCUAUUAUGGAGACCAAAGCAUCAUCAACUAAGAAAGAAUUGCAAUCAUUAUUAGGAAAGAUAAACUUCCUGAGAAGAUUCAUCUCAAACUUAAGUGGUCGAACUCAAGCCUUCUCUCCCCUCCUACGCCUGAAACAAGGGAAGUUCGAAUGGAAUGAUGAACAUCAAAAGGCAUUCGACAAAAUUAAGCAUUAUUUGACUAAUCCUCCUAUCUUGGCACCACCAUGUGGAAAGAAGCCUAUGAGACUGUUGCUCACAUUUUUUGAAUAUAUAGACAUAAAACAUGUCCCUAGAAUAAAAAACCAAGAACCUAAUGACUUAGCACAAGUAGCUUCAGGCUAUAGAAUUUCAAAAGAGAAGCUAGAGGAACUUGUCGAAGUAAGAGGAAAAGCAAUGGCGGCCAGAUUGUCUCCGACAGAUUUGGAAAGCACUCAGUUAGGAUAUGCUAACAAAGAAGAGUUUGAAGUACUGACCAUUGAUACCUUAAUGGAUACAGAUUGGAGGAAUCCAAUUAUUAAUUAUCUCAAGGACCCUUCGAUAGAUACAGAAAGAAAAACCAAGUACAGGGCUUUAUCUUAUGUUUUGGUGGGGAAUGAAUUAUUCAAGAAAACCCCUGAAGGGAUCCUGUUGAAAUGUUUAGGAGAAAACGAGGCAUACUUGGCAUUAUCUAGUGUACAUAGUGGAGCAUGUGGAGCACACCAGGCAGGCCAUAAGAUGAAAUGGUUGCUUUUCAGAUAUGGAAUGUAUUGGCCCACCAUGUUAAAAGAUUGUUUAGAGUUUGGUAAGGGUUGCCAAGAAUGUUAA